AAUUCCCCUCGGUAAUGGUAUGUCAUCAGAUUCAUCACUUUUUUUUUUUUUCAGUCUUUGUAAAACCGCCUCUCUUUAUUAUAUGCAACAAACAACACAACCAAAACAAAACAUGGCAACAUCAUGAACACUACACAAGACUCUGAUACCACCACAAGCACCACUGCCUCUGCAGCAGCCUCUUCUGAGGCUGCCCUUGAAGAGGCCCCACCACAACCACCGCCACAACCACCGCCAGCUGCUGCUGCUGCUGCAUCAGCAAAACCAGAGCCUCUCAUGUUCUCCAAGGAUCCAAAUGCCCUUGAAAGCGGUGGUGGGAUCAGCUUUCUCACUGGGAGCCGUAAUGCAAGGUUCAGCUAUGGAUUUUCCAGUUUCAAGGGUAAAAGGCCUUCGAUGGAGGAUUAUUUUGAGGCAAAUAUAUCUGACGUUGAUGGCCAGAUGGUUGCAUUUUUUGGUGUUUUUGAUGGUCAUGGAGGUUCAAGGACUGCAGAAUAUCUAAAAAAGAACCUUUUCAAAAAUUUGCGUAGCCACCCAGAUUUUAUCAAAGACACAAAGGCAGCUAUUGUUGAAGUAUUUAAACAAACAGAUGUUGAUUACCUUAAUGAGGAGAAGGGUUAUCAGAGAGAUGCUGGCUCCACUGCAUCAACCGCUUUGCUAUUAGGUGAUCGGCUUUUUGUUGCAAAUGUUGGUGAUUCAAGAGUAGUCGGCUGCAGAGCUGGUUCAGCUAUUCCCUUGUCCAUUGAUCAUAAACCUGAUAGAUCUGACGAACGCCAAAGAAUUGAAGACGCUGGAGGUUUCAUUAUUUGGGCAGGAACAUGGCGGGUUGGAGGUGUUCUUGCCGUUUCCCGUGCAUUUGGAGACAAAGUACUGAAACCAUUUGUUGUUGCAGAGCCAGAAAUUCAGGAAGAAGAAAUUGAAGGAGUAGACUUUAUAAUUAUUGCAAGCGAUGGACUUUGGAAUGUCAUAUCAAAUAAGGAUGCUGUGGCUUUAGUGCAGGACAUAGCAGACGCUGAAGAAGCAUCUAGAAAACUCAUCCAAGAGGCUUUUGCACGUGGUAGCUCAGACAACAUAACUUGUGUUGUUGUCCAAUUUGGUAUUUCAGAGUAGACUCGUUAAUAUUCCAAGGUUCAGCUUACUUAUUAAAACGGCAUCCAAGCAAUGUGGAAAGACUAUUGAGGCAAUAGUUUCCUGAAAUUGUCUUUAACUAAUUAGUGUAUUGGGCUGACAGCUCAGUUUUCAAGUUGUAAGUCCUGAACUCCUGACUGUUACCACAACCCAUAGUGAAUUGUCAUUUGUUGCUUCAAUGUAGUUUUGAAUUUGAGUUCUUUUUGUUGUGAAAAUGAAAGCUUGGAUGCCUUUCAAAUGGCCACAUCCAAAAGAAGGAAAAACCUGUGUGUGUUUUGUUUCUCUGUCUUCAAGGACUGGUUAUUGAGGAUUGACAAAUGAUACGAGUUCAUACAGGUGCUCGACCUGGUACAUACCGAAGUUGAAGCAUGUCAUGCUGCUUUUUGGUUUAGUUUGAGGGGUAUUUCAGAUGAUGAUUAGUCUAAUUGCUGAUCAGGUGACAUGAUUAGUCUAAUACUUGCAUCCAAUCCAAUGGUUGACCUUGUAUUAAAUUGAUGGCCAAAAGAGUUGAUGUUGAAUUCAAACAAAAAAAUGUUUGUUACC